UGUCCCUGCUGCGACCCUCUGCUCCUCCAGUCCUGAGUUGCUGCCUCCUGCCGGGACCUGCAGAAUCCUCCUCCUCCUCCUCCCACCUCCUCCACCUCCUCCACCGGGACCAGCACUAUGGACAGCUCCGGGAUGCUCCGCGGGCUGCUGUUUGUCGGCCUGCUGUCCUUCCUGUGUCACGGCCAGGCGUCCCAGGAAAACUCCGCGGAAGACUUUGGAGUGGAGAAACCCGAACCAGCCGCAGACAGAGACCUGGUGGAAGCACUGGAGGCUCUGCUGGGCAGGAUGCAUAAUCGGAUUUCCUCCACCGAGAAAAGAGGGAGCAUCCCGCUGUGUGGGAUGGGUGACCGGUGUGCCAUGAAGUUCGGGCCUCGCAUCGGGAAGCUCUGCGACUGCGGGAGAGGAGCCAACUGCAACUCCUACCUGCUCAAGUGCAUCUGAAAAGCAUGGGACUUUUUUCUUUUUCUUUUUCACAGCAUCACUUUUUCAGGACCAAAACCUCCUCCAGCUGGCUGCACACGAGCCUCGACUCGCAUCCUGCUGUCAGUCUCUAAUAUCAUCGUUUACAUCUGUCAUGCAUUGCUGUUGUUGCCUGAGUAUACGCAUGGAUUUUGUAUCGCUGACCGUCCUGAUGUUCUACUGUAGCAUGUGAAUGUUUCAUGUACAAUAAACAUA